GCAAAGAAAUUCUUACACAGUUGAGGAAAAGAAUAAGGCCGUGGAAUUGGCUCGUCGUACUUCAAAUUCACAUACAGCACAGUACUACUCCCUGGAUUUAACCAUGCUUGGUCGUUGGGUUAAGAAGUUUUCUCAAAACCCACCUUCUUUUUCUCAAAAAAACGUGCGAAGCAUUGGCUCUGGGCGUCGCUCACUUUUUCCUGAAGAAGAGUCUCAACUUUUUGAGUGGAUAAUGGAAGUUCGCCAGAAUGGUCUCGCAGUUACUUACCCUAAUAUAAAAUUUAAAAUGGCCGAAAUCUUGGAUAAAAGUACUAAACAAACAAAAGAUAAAUCUAAAAGGCUUGCAAUUGAAAA